AUGACCAAAGCGCAGCUCGUCGAGCAAGUAUCUCCAGACUCUCUGAAGAACAAGCUACGAAAGUUACGGACCGAGUUUGUGGCGAUCCAGCGCAGCUUGACAGCAACCGGUAACGACGAGCAGACGACCCCUGCGAAGCCAGGCUACUACGCGGACAUGUUGGUUGCGUUCGCUGAUCUACAUGGGCUUGGGGACAUUGAGUUUGGCAUGGAUCGUGCUGCAAGUGCGAGCCUCAGUGAAGAUAAUCAAGGUCUGGAUACUCGUGCGAUCGGUGAGUCCGUUUCGAUGAGCUCCAUGCGUGACGCCAAGCGGAAGGAUGAGAUCGACAUGGAGAUUCAACGCCAACGUCAAGUCCGGGGGAAGAAGCAACAGCCUGAUCUUGCGAAGCGGCAAAUCCGAGCCCGUGUGGUUGCCAAAGACGUAGCGGCCUUCCUACUCGAAACUGGGCACCUCUCGUACGACCCCUACAUCAAAACGGAGCGUGAAACGGCACUGCGGUCGGUACAGAAGUACGUCAAAUAUUGUGGCUACCUGCGUGGCUCCAAGCGAGGAAAGAAAUCACUGGCCCUCACAGAGGCCAACACAAUCCUCCGCGACAACUAUGUACGGUUCAUGUGUCAGGCUACGCAACAAGUACACACAACAGACCGUCGAACUGUCGUCUACCUUGACGAGGGCUUCAUCAAUCAGCACUACAACAUAAACGACAUAUCGCUCUACGACGACCUGGACGUGCAGGUCAAGGCCAUACACAAAGGCCGUCGGUUUCGUUUCAUUGCCGCCAUUGUCGACGGUGGCCCUUUCGAGUCUUUCGUGGUGUGCUACGAGAAGUUUUUUGGCGGAAAGCAAACAAAGGACUAUCACGGCAUGGUCGACCACAAGUACUUUGUUGCCAGGUUUGGCCGCUUGCUCGUUGAUUUGGCGGAUCGCGGGAUAUCCAACACUAUCAUCGUCAUGGACAAUGCAAAGUAUCAUAAGUGCAUACCGGAUGCAACACCGCGCUUUUCAUGGCGGAAAGCUGAUUUGAUGGUGGCUUGCGACGCCUUGGGGAUUGAGCACACCCCUGGAGAACUAAAAGCAUCCAUUUGGUCAAAACUCCAACCAUACACCGCAUCCGUCGUACCCGUCGUUGUCGAGAUGGCGUCCGCCGCUGGCCACGAAGUUGUUACGACGUUGCACGAUGUCGAGAUGCGCUUGGACUUGGCGUUCGAUGCCGUCACUUCAGCAAUGGUCCACGGCUGCAUCAAGAAGUCGGAGCAGGGCCUCUUGGAGCUACAUCGUCACAUUAGUACGAUCGAUGAAGAUGAUUACCAUGUCGUGUGCCUCCGAUGA